AGCGGACCGAGAGCGCUACCGUAUUUUGAAGAGGUGUAUUUCGAGGUUAGGAAAACGUGUUCGUUCGGUGCGGCUGGAACACUUCUGAAAACAUUUUAAAAUAAUGUCAACAAGAAACCUGCGUACAGUGUGUAAAUAAAAAAGUCAACAAUGUUUCCACGAUUUUGCAAACUUUGUUAUCAAGUUGUCGAUGAAUCAAUUAUCAAAUUAAGAAGAUUUUCAUCUGUCCAGCACUCUAAUGCAACUUCAGAAGAAUUUGGCGAUGAAGAGUACGAAUUCAAGGAAGAUCUACAACCUGUCGACGUACCUAUAGAGAAACCCAAGAGGAAGUUGAUUAUAAAAUGCAAGAACCCAGCGCUCAACUUUUAUGAGGGACAGACUUAUCCAAAAUUUCAACCAAUACCUUUGGCAUCCAGAGGAUGGCAUCAUAGAAAAUCAGAUGGGGAUUACUUCACUAUAUAUCCCACAGAUACUUUUGAUUUCAAUGGUAUAGAUACGUCUGCAAGCUUCAGAGAUGUAAAUUUAAAUGAAGUUCUCUUGCAAAAUCUAGUAGAUAACAAUAUCAUACAUCCCACAACAAUACAAAAAUUAGGAAUACCAAAAAUAUUGGAAGGUCGUAAUGUUAUAUUAACAGCAGAGACUGGUUGUGGUAAAACUUUUGCUUUCCUGGUUCCGCUAUUGCAACAAAUCAUUGAGUUAAAGCCAAAGCGUGAUAGAGGGUUCAAUAGACCAUUGGGACUUGUUUUAACUCCCAGCAGAGAGUUGACCUUUCAAAUUUCUAAAGCGGCGAAAAAAUUGGCCAAAAAUUUAGGAAUAAACAUUGUCACGCUUGUUGGAGGAAAAACCAAAAAAAUAAUGCUUAAUCCGCCGGUUGGAGACAUUGAUCUUGUAAUUGCAACUCUAGGAGUUAUGAGCAAACUGGUGACAACUAACAUAUAUAAAAUGGAUGAAGUUAGACAUGUGGUUCUUGAUGAAGCUGAUACUUUGUUUGAUGAUACUUUUAAUGAUAAACUACAUUACUUUCUCAAAAAAAUACCUCUUGGUGAUGAACAACAAAUAGUUGGUGAUUACCCAACUACAGCACAAUUAACGCUGAAUUCCGCAACAAUGCCACAAGAUCUACCAGCUACCCUGAAUACCAUCAUUGAUACAGCCUCACUAUUACCAAUUGGAACAGGAAAAGAACAUAAAAUAACAGUACGACAAAAGUUCUUCAGAGUUAUCGGACCAAACAAGCCGAUGAUGCUUCUAAAAGUGAUUAAGCCAAAAAUUAAGAGCAAAACUCCAAUAAUUAUUUUCGCUAACACGAGUGCAACGUGCAACUUCGCCAGCAUAUUUUUGAAACAAUUUAACAUAAGCGCUCUUAUACUACAUGGAAAUAUGCCGGCAAUGCUCAGACGGAAUAAAUUUUCCGAAUUCCAGAACGGCAUACACAAUAUCAUGAUUGCAACCGAUGCCGGAGCUCGCGGGCUCGACACUACCACCGCCAAAGACGUUAUAAAUUACGAUUUGCCUCUGAUUUCGGCAGAAUAUGUUCACAGAUGCGGAAGAAUCGGAAGAAUUGGUAGCCCGAAAGAUUGCAGGGUUAUCAAUUUGAUCAGCAGACCAUUGGAGAUAGUUUUAACGAGUAAAAUCGAAUUUGCGGCUCGUAAAGGAAAUUCCAUACCUAUGGUUGAUUUACUUCACAACAAAGAUAUCGAAGAGGGCGAAUUCUUGAGGCCAAACGAAUUGCAAAAUUACAACGACAUGGAGGCUUCGCAAGCGGAGACAUUAAAGGAGAUGGCAGAAGACUUUCCUCAUCGACUUCCACAUUGAUAGCUUCGCGUUUGGUCCGAGCUAUUUUUGUGAUGUUAAAUAGAUUAUCAUUGUUAUACGAUUGUUUUUAAAUAAAAUGUCAAAAUUAAGCAGCGA